AUGGGGCCAUUUGAUUACAGUUUCAAUUCAAAUAUUAUCAAUGGGGCUAAAGAAGGAGCAGUGUCUGGUGCUGUUAGUGAUGAUGGUGCUGUUUAUACAAGGGAAAUGGAUGUGAUGAUGACUAUUGUAAUUGGGAAAAAAGUUUCUUGCAAUGUUACUACAAAACGAGUUGUUGAACUUAAUCUUGAUCUCAUAAGAGAUCGUGACUCAGAAAAUGAUUGGUAUCUAAAUGACUCUUUGUUUCUUCCCUUCCAAGAACUUCAUAAUCUCAGCUUAUUUGGAUUUGAAAGGCUGUCAAGACUUGGUUAUUCAGAGCAAAUUUAUUUAACUGGGAACAAUUUCAACAAUGAUAUCCUAUCAUCUUUAACUGGCCUUUCAUCUUUGAUAAUUUUAUAUUUGGGUGACAAUAAACUGAAAGCAACACUUAAUGUUGAAGAGUUACGAGAAAUUCAUUUGUUUAAAAACAAGUUAGAAGGACCAUUAAGGAAUGGAUUGUACGAUUCGCCUGAGCUUAUUGUAUUAGAUCUUAGCCAUAAUAAUCUGGGUGGAAGGAUUCCAAAAUGGAUGGGAAAGUUUUCCCGCGAGAUUCCUCUUGAUUUUGGAACUCUUUUCACUGUCAAGGCGUUGAAUCUAUCUCACAACUCUUUGACGGGACCAAUCCCUUCAACAUUUUCAAAUCUGACAGCAAUCGAGAGUUUAGAUCUUUCCUGGAACAAUUUGAAUAGAGAAAUCCCUUCUCAGCUCACUCAACUAAACUCUCUAGAAGUUUUCAGCGUAGCGCACAACAACUUAUCAGGAAAGACCCAAGAUAGUGUUGCACAAUUCGUAACAUCUGAACAGGAAAGCAUGAAGGAAAAUCCUUUGCUUUGUGGAUUGCCACUGCCGAAUAGUUGCACCCCAACAUCUCCUCCACCAAUGACGCCAACAACCUCAAUGGAUGAAAAUGAAGAUAAUGGGUGCAUUGACAUGGAUGUUUUCUAUGCGAGUUUGUGGUGUCUUACAUUAUAG